CGAGGUGGUGUGAAUAAGAAGCAGGAGGAGACUGCACCUAGUCCGAGAGUUGAUGCGGAAAAGAACGUGGAUGAAGCGAAAGUGGGUCGCGUCAUUGUUGAUUUGAAAGGUGUUGGGGUGAAGUAUGGGAAUAGGACUGUUCUCAAGGAUAUAACGUGGCAGAUUCGUGAAGGCGAGAGGUGGCAUUUACAGGGCUCGAAUGGCUCAGGCAAAACAACACUCCUCUCCCUCUUAACAGGCGACCACCCACAAUCGUACACGCAGGCACACCUCCACCUGCCCUCGCUAUCCCCUGCCUCAUCAUCGUCUCCGUCCUCCUCCUCCACAACUCACCCCUACCACACGCAUACCCUCCACCCACGAAAACGUACACCAACAGCCCACCUCCGCACACUCAUCGGCGUCGUCUCCCCGGAACUGUUCGACGCUUUCCCGCGUCGUCAUCCAGGCAUGACAGUUUGGGAAGCCGUUGUUACGGGCUUUGGAGGGGGGUUCGUACCCCUCAAGGGGAGUGAGAGGGUGGGUGAGAUACGUGUGGCUGACGAGGAACUGGGGUUUGAGCUUAGUGACGUGGAGAAGGAACAGAGGAGAAGGGAAGUGGAAAAAUGGCGUAUCGCUCGAUGCUGGGAUGUCUUAUCAGCACUUGGUCCGCGAGCCUGGUCUACAUCAGGAACACCCGAGACGGAAAGACAAUUCGCAGCGCGUAGGUUCACGGCCCUGUCUCCAGGCGAACAGCGUAUCGUCCUCCUCAUGCGUGCCUUGGUAUCCCGGCCUCCCUUGGUGCUCCUCGACGAGGUAUGGAGUGGGAUGGACGAGGGUAUGAUUUGUGCCAUGCGGAGGUACUUGACGCAAGGUGGUGGUGUUGGAGAGGGACAGGCGGUGGUUGUUAUUACGCAUUGGGAUGAGGAGGUGCCGUGGGUUGGUGAGGGAGUCAGGCGGUUUAGGAUUUGGGAGGGGGUGGGGGGCGUUGUUUAA